CGUAGUUUUAGCAGACUAAUGUAAACAUGGCGUCCUCAAUGUCACUCCUCAACCUAAGCCGAGCCUGUUUACUGAAUCCUGCGACCAAAGUAUUUCUAAACCCCACCAGGGCCCUCACUACAUCGGUAUGGAGACAGGCUGAGAGCAAAGGGCAGGAUUCGCAGCUCAUCACCGUUGAAGAGAAACUGGACAUUAGCACUCUUACUGGCGUGCCAGAAGAACACAUUAAGACGCGUAAGGUGCGCAUCUUUGUGCCGACGCGCACUGCCAUGCAGUCAGGAGUCAAUAACACCAAGAAGUGGAAGAUGGACUUUGACACCCGCGAGCGCUGGGAGAACUCGCUGAUGGGCUGGGCCUCCACCGCUGACCCACUGUCCAACAUGGUGCUGUCCUUCAGUUCCAAAGAGGAUGCCAUCGCUUUUGCAGAGAAGAAUGGUUGGAGUUACGAUAUCACGGAAAAGAGGACACCCAAGCCAAGAGUGAAGUCAUAUGGGGCUAACUUCUCCUGGGACAAGCGGACAAGAAGGUCUUGCAAGUAGACCCACACCACCUGUUUGUGUCCCUGCCGCUUGCUAGCAAUCAAUAGCAGUUCUGUAUUAUAAUCUUCUUCGUCAAAUAAUAAAAAGGCUCACUUAUAACCA